AUGGUGUCUGAACGGCGUCGCGGGAGACGGCAACGCGUGUGCCCGUGGUGCUCGCAAUCGUUCACCAAGGAUGAUCACCUCAUGCGACAUAUAAGGACUCACACUCGAGAGAAACCAUUUGUCUGCGGCGUGUGUAGGAAAGCCUUCAGUCGACAUGACUCCCUACUGCGACAUUCCAGAAACCACACUCAGCCUGCUUUAGAUGAGCCCCCAAUCCAUAAUAUACACCCUGGCUGUACAGCAACCACAGGUGCCCGGCCCCUCAACUACUAUCCCGGUCGCUUGCUCCAUGGCCCCCCAGAGCUGGGCCAUCAAUUCGAGAAGUCCCGCGGGUAUGCGACUGGCUCCAUCGGUGACUUGCCUCCCGCUGGGAGCAACCUGUAUUCACCCCCAAUCGAACCUGGCGACCGACUUGAGUUGUGCACAGGAGCUGUGGCCGGCCCCGGUAUUCCCGACAUUAGAACCCCUCCUAGCAGUAAUACUUGGAAUUCGAGAGAAGUAAACGAGCCCUAUGGUUGUGCACCAGGGGCUCCCCAGAUCCCCGACUGGUUUGUUAAUGACGAUUUCGACUUGGAUGGGUUCAACUUAUGUAUCCUUGACUCGGCGUCAAGCUGGCUUCCUCAUGCAUACGAUGAUCCUGUAUUGGGCGACGCCGACCAGGUGGUUUCCGAGCCCUCGGGUGCACCCCCGAAAGAGGAGUUGGUCAAACAGCAUUGGUUCACCUUCAUUACACCAAGCACUACUGGAUCUGUAACGCCAGAUGUCGAGCCAGAAGGAUCUCAGCUAAAUGAAGAAUACCGAGACAGCCUCACUGUUAAGCUACACCAAGCCAUGCCCAGUUCACCGUUACCAUCGACGGAUGUCAUGAAUCUUUGCAUCCAGAUGUACUUCACCAAAUUCAACCCUGUUUUCCCUAUCGUGCAUGCGCCAACAUUCCGCCCCUCUGCUAAAAGUUCACUCCUGCUUCUGUCAAUCUGUUCCGUGGGCAGUCUCUUCAUCGGCUCGCCCGGCGCUACGACUCACGGGGAGAGGAUAUUUGAAAUGCUGAAUAAAGCAAUCCUUUCAUCUUGGGAGCGGUAUAUCGCUCGAGGCGGGACAGAAGCUAUUGCGAUGGCGCAAGCGGCCAUAAUCGGGCAGACAUUUGGGCUUUUAUCUGGGAGACCAAAAGACUUACUCGUGGCGGAGAGUUUCCAUGGCACGGUGAUUGCGUGGGCGAGACGUUGCGGCAUGUUUGAUGUGCGCUCCGAGUCCAUUGGCUCUAUUCGCGCCGAAGCCAGAUUACACUCAAAGACAACAUGGGUGUCUUGGAUUCGGAAGGAGGAGCAGAAGAGAUUGGCCUCUGCGCUGUGUAUCCACGACGCUGAAAUAUCUGCACUAUUGCUGACGGCCCCUUUCAUGAGGACUCCCGCUACAGGCCUGCCUGAUAUAUCUAGCGACAAGCUAUGGGAGGCUUCAACCGAAGAGGAGUGGUGUAGCCUGAUUGAGGGACAGGUAUCAACCUCUAUGUCCAAAGGCCCUCGCACGCCACACAGCUCAGGGCCUGAAUCACAGCCUACAGAGCCAGAGAUUGUCAGGAAGAGCUCAGGUUUCAGCCAAUAUUUAGAACUUGAACUCAUUUCGUUCAACAUUAUGGAAGACUGGAAGAGAAACGGGCCAUGUCUACCGGAUUACAAUGAAAAGCUUGUCCGUUUCCACAGCCUAUAUCUCCAGCAACCCGAUAGCCAUGCCGCAGAUACAUUUUUUCUCCACGCCCUUUGGCACUCGGCAUACAUCUCCCUGUUUGUUGACAUUGAUCGCCUCGAAAAUGCAGUGGGAAAGUCCGGCUACGGGCAGGCACAACUGCACCGCAGCUAUGCUUCUGAAUGGGCCUCCUCCGUAGCAGGCCAUCGCUGUGCGCUGCAUGGAGCACUCAUCCUCCGCCACCUCGAAUUAACAAAACUCGGUACCGAGCCCCCAAUCCAUGUCCCUCGUGUUAUAUUCCGUGCUGUGCUCGUGUGGUUUUGCUACUGCGAGUUUGGGCAAGGUCAACCCAGCUUACUGCCAGCAGCGACGGACUUCCCCGAGCUCCUGUCUAUCGGGAUAGACUGUCGGAAGGUACUCUUUGAGGCCAAUAACUUCAGAUCUCUGAGGUCCAGUGCUGCUGAAUGCAGGACUUUCCGUGCGCUUAUUGAUAUGCUCGAUCGUAUUGGGCAUUGGGGUAUAUCUCGCAAACUUGCAAGCCUUCUCCGAGUUAUAGUACCAGAUAAGGCAGACUCAAAAAUAGCCACCUCCACGGCUUAA